UGGUCGCCUCCACGUCAAGGGUUCUAUGCUAUCACCUGGUAACGUAGCUGGCUCACUGUAUGUGUAGCUUCAACAAAGUGUGCUGGAUUGGAAGGUGUACAUAUCCACAGCGUACAUUUUUUUUUUUUGUUGACUGACCCACAACUGCCUUUAUCAAGCUUGCACAAUGCCUUCCGUCCAAUAUCUGUCUGGAUUUCAUUGCCCAGGAGGUGGUCUGGUAGCACACAGAGCCCAGUUAAUCCCUUGGAAGGGCCAUGUUUAUGUCUCCAGUGGCAAGUUUGUAUAUGACUACAACAUGGAAAAGAAAUGCAUACUGGCUGUGUACAAAUUCGCUGCAGAAAUAUGGCACAUUGAACUAGACACAAAUAAUCACCAACUUUAUGUACUUUGUGGCCAGAGUGGAAUCUACCUCCUGCAGUGGGAUGAAAAAAAGAGGUUGUUGAAGGAACCAACAUCUGCCACAAGCACAGGAGGUGUAAACACCUUUUCUAUAGGAGUGGAAUUCUACUACCUGCAGGACUCUUCAAUCUGUUAUUUUACAGUCUGCCAUGAAGUCUUAGUUGCUGUAUCCAUGUGCCAGAAUAAAUGGAGAAUUAGACUAUUUGACAUAAAAUUACCUUAUCAUAAAGGCACUUAUUCAUCAGCAAUCAGAGAGAUGGAGAUCUCUGUGAAACCUGCACCUGGAUGCAGAGACAUAUGUGAAAGAAAUGAUCUUCUUCCAGUUCUGCUUUGUAUCUCUCUCUGGCAAGACAAGGGUUUACCUGUAGUUACCCAUAACUUUGCAAUGGAGUCUUCAUUAUUCAGGUUCCUCUUUGGAAUUGAUUUGACCAUGGUAAAUUCCCCAGUGGUUAUCUGUGGUUUCCCAGAUGGGCAGGUUGUAUUUUUUCCACUGAAGACUGUUCCUUGCCACAGAAGAGACUUUAUGGAGACCCAAACCGAGUCUUUAACUCCUUUACCACUACUUUAUCAUCUAGAGCAGCCUGUUGUUUUUAUUGCUGCUACAAAAACACAAUUAUUGAAUGGCGAGAAGGAUCUUCAGACUAAUUGUGCUGCCAAACUAUACUGUGACUGCAUAUUGUUUCUGGGCCAGGGAGGUCUGAUGGUUACAUUAGCUGCUGGAGAAAAAACAGAAGGGGCAGCAUGUGAAUUUAGAGAGUAUCAUCUGAAAGCUCCUGUGAAUUCAGCUCUGUGUUCUGGUUUCAACUUGUAUUAUAGCACCGGCUCUGAUAUCCAGUGUGUUACCAUACCCCAGCCAGGACCAGAUCUACACAAGUGCAUGCUUUCUUCUUCCAGCUAUAGCAUUCCUUUAAUCAGAGCAAUAUCUCAGGUUUCUUGCUGCUCAGAAGGGGAUAAGGAGUUUUUGGCGCUUUCUGACAAAGGAAAGCUCAUGCUUUUCAUUUUGAAACCGAGUGAGGACACCACACAGAGAGCUGGACUUUCAUACUCUGAAGCAGGACAAAGGAUCAAAGAGUUGCUCUCCCAAAUCGCUUCAGUCUCAGAAAAGGCCUCACCACUGAAGUCUCUUAUAGAGCAGAAAAACCGCUCCUUACUAAAGAUAAAUCAAGUGAGCCAGGCCGUGCUGUCCAACCGGGGUGCUGACAUGCCUGUGUGCUGUAAAGUGAAGGUGUCAUGGACUUGCAGACUCCAGCAGGAUUGUUUGUUUGCAUCAUGCAUCCUAGAGAAUAAGACUGACUUUAGCUUAGAAAGUGGGUGGCACAUGUGUAUUCAUCUAAGCACCAGUGACUCAAACUCUGGUACCACAUACUCUUUUUCAGUCACAAACCUACAACCAGAAGAGACUAUGGAGUUUAUUUUUCCUUUAGUGACAGAGAAAAGUGAAAAUUUGGAAUUUCCUUUUAAAAUUGCCUUUACUUUGGUUUACCAUUUACAGGAACUUGCUGAAAACUCUUUAAAAUAUUCAGAGUCUUCUUUAUUGUCUCGUACACAGUCUAGCAUUUGCUUAACUCUGCAAGAACAGAUCAUUGACAUUUUGCAGUGCCUUCGUCCUAAGUUACACACUGGACAAUCUUUUCCUUCCACCUCUUGUUGGAUGUCUCCCUUGGAUCCAGUGGAGGCAUUGUUGAGGAACUCUGGUGGAGAUGAGUGCAAGCAUGGGCAUCCAUGCCUCUCUGAGGCUAUCUGUAAUGCAGAAAAUAAUUAUGCAGUACCAUUGAUGAUGUCUGUGAGAGUGCCAUCAGUGAUCCUGAAUCAGGCUUUAAAGAAUGAAUACUCUGAUGCCUCACUUUGCAGGGUAUUGCUUCACUGGCUUCUGUCCGCAGAGUUGCCAUUAUCCCAGAAUCCAGUAGAAAUGCAUGGCAUGACCCUGGCUGGAAGAGAAAUUAGGCUGCGAGUUGUGGAGGUGUCUGUGAGUGACCUGUGCCCUAUCUCAGCAAUUGAAGUCCAGAUAAUAACUCCGCAUUUUCAUGCUCUGGCAUGUUUGCAUUUGGCAGUGAUCAGUCGCCUUCAGAUCUUGGCAUUGAAAUAUAACCAGUAUGGCUGCAACUGCCCAAAAAUAAAUUUGAAUAGCAUCCAGCAACAGUUUAUUGCCAGGGAGUCUUUGUUGAAAGAACUGAAAUCAUUGCGGGACAGUCUGUGUGUAAGGAAGGAUCUAAGUUUAGAAUCAUCAACCAAAAAGAGACUUCUGAACCUGUACAAGGAGCUUCGGGAUCCUGGCCUACUCUUGCUUUGACUAUUUCUUCCACAGCAUUUUAAAUCAGACUUUCCAGAAAACAAUAGGGGCAUUCCAGAGUCAUACUUAUGUCUAUAUCCUGUAGUAAAGCAACACUUAAUGUAUUUUAAGUGAUGGUUAAUUUGAUGGUCAAAGUUUGCCCGUAUGAAUACUGGGAGUUGUAGUGCACCAAAAUUUGGAUGAAAGCACAAUGGUGAACAUCCAGAUUAAUACUGUUCUUAACUCACAGCAGUACAAGAUUAAUUGUGGCUAGUGUCACAGAUUUCCCAUUCAGCUCCUCCAAAUGCUAACACCACCACUCCUGGUCAUGUAGUGCUUACCGAAUCCUUCCCUCCUUGGCUGUGAUCAGGGGCAGGGGAUGCCGACCCUCGCAAAUUCCAGCUGGAAUGAACCCGACUGUGGUCCUCUGCUUUUACUAUAACUUUCCAGACUCCUACUGCUGUCAAUAUUUAUCCCUUCAAUUAAGUAUCCUCAUAUGUUCACAACCAUUUCUUAACUCAUCCCAGAACUGCCUGACACACAUCUGCACACUGUGUUAAAAAGACUUCUCCAGCAGCUCCCACAAACUGCUGCAUCUGUCCCUCUGUUAAGCAAAUACAUUUCUAGGUAGUGCUGUGAUGAGGUAGGAGAUGUCCAUUGACAUGCAGGAAUAAAGAGAUGAAAGGAAUUGGCUGAAAAGGUUGCGCAGGUUACAGACAAUUCUUUGUGAACCAUCAAUUAAAUAGCUGAGUUGCAUUAUUUGUGUUCAGAAUGGGAGGGCAGAGAAGGCUACACAAACUAUGAAACAUGAAAAAUUUCAAACACUUUACAAUGAAAGAUACUUGAGUAAAUGUUCCUUUGCAUUCGUAGAUAUGUAUUAAGCACAGCAUUGUAUUAUUCGUUACUCCCUGUCUAUCAUGUCCAGUCAGUCUGCUAUAACUGCAAAUAAAUAAUGGAUUGGGCAAAGGUCUAGA